CUCUCCCUCGGCCUGGAGCUUGCUCUGUCGCCAGUUGCAAAUCCUCAACCAUGGCCUCUGAAUUCAUCGGCUACAAUGUCCUGGUGACCCUGCGAGCGCCACCAAAUGCAACCGUGCAGGGAGAAGUGGCCAAUGUCGUCGGCCAGCGUCUGAUGCUCCGGAAUGUGACGCUCUCCUGGCUGGGUCACCAACUCCCCACCUACUUCCUCGAGGCUCCUGACAUUGCGGACCUGUCUCUUGGCCCCGUACAGCCCCCCGCACAGCAUCCGCCCCCAACUCAGGAACCCCGACUGGUACCACAGGGGCAGCCUGCGCCGCCCGCACCGCCCGCACCCCCCCAGCCUUUCGUGGAUCCGGCCAUCCUGAGCUUUUCCAAACCCCCCGUCGUCCCUCCGAGCCAGCUGUCAGAGCCCCCGCAGCUACCUCCCCCUUCGAUCAGCCGCGCGCCGUCCCAGAACCCCCAGUUCGCGCCACAGGCUCAUCGGGACCAGGCCGCGGUCCUCAAUGAACCCUUCAGCAACAUCCAGGAGCUGGACGUCGGGAAGAACACCGUCGAGACCCGCAAUCCCGUGCCCACCGGUCCCGUCUCCAGUGCAAGGGGGGCCGUGGUUACGUCGCAAGUCACUUCGCAGUACGGGGUGAAGGCGAAUCGCCGCGGCGGCCAGCCCAAGACCCCCAAGACAUUCAACGAGCACGACGGGGCGACGAACACCGACCCCAAAAGCAAGGGUUGGCGCCAGACGGCCUUUGUUGAACCCUCCUAUCCGCAUCUAGCCAAGUCGCUCAAUAAGCCGCGCCGGAAGAAGAACAACAGGGCAAACUAUGCGGAGGACGCCAAUGGCUGGGCGACGGAGGAUGCGACGGACAUCCAGGAAUUGGGCGAGUUCGAUUUCCAGAGCAAUCUCUCCAAGUUCGAUAAGCGGAAGGUGUUCGAGGAGAUCCGGAAUGAUGACACGACGGCCGAUGAAGACCGGUUGGUCAGCUUCAACAGGAGACAACCCAAGCCUGGCACGAACGGAGGGAAGAACUUGCACUGGACCGAAAAUGUCCUCGACAGUCCGGAGAGCGAAAGCGAGACUGAUCGCGUCCCCAGCGAUGCGAAGCUCAGUAGCGGUACUUACUCGGGCCGCGAGCGGUCCAAGGCGUCCCGGGCGUCAAGCUCCCGGAAAGGAAGUACCAUUCUGGGCCAGCCCUUGCCCCGGCCAAACAAGACAUCUGUCACCGCGUCGCCCAUCAGCGGAUCCGGCGCGGCAGGCGCCACUUUCCGACUCACCACGACCAACAGAAGCUGCCCGACCGUAAGUCCAUUGCAGACCAUCGAGGUGGAGCAGAUUGCCGUUGCCGAGCUCGGUCUGACCGAGGAUAUGAUCGCCGAAAACACGGGACGCGGGAUUGCGGAAGCUGCUGUUGGUCUUCUUUCCAGUGAUGAGGCCGCGCCCACCAUGCUGGUCCUCACAGGGAACCACCGUAGCGGCGCACGAGCUAUAGCUGCUGCUCGCCAUCUCCGCAAUCGGGGGCACCGCGUGACGGUCUGUAUGCUGGGCAUGGAGCACGACACCGAGUUGCUGGAGAGCUGCCGUAAGCAGCUUGACGUGUUCAAGAAGAUUGGCGGACGAGUACACCGAUGGGAGGACCUGUCGACCCGGCUUGCCACAUCCGAGUUCUCGCCCGAUCUGGUCGUCGACGCCUUGUUCGGAAUCCAUAUCGCCUUUGAUGAUCUUCGUACGGAUGAUCAAGCCACGGCCUUUGAGAUGAUCUCAUGGGCCAACCGCAGCAACCUCACUAUCCUGUCUGUCGACGUACCAUCGGGGGUGUCUGCUAUCAGUGGCGAUGUAACAACCGUCGAAGGCGGCAGACUCUGCGUCAACGCGAAGUCAGUCGUUUGCCUAGGGGCUCCCAAAACCGGCAUCCUCAAUGCACUGCUAUCCGGAGAGGGCCUCCAUUGGAACCUGACCGUGGCAGACAUCGGCAUUCCCCAGAUAGUGUGGAGAAAAUACGGCAGUCGGCGGCGACAUGGGAUUGACUUUGGGAACCGGUGGGUUGUGCCGCUCCGCUACCAGCCCCUUCCUGUGACCAGAUACGGCAAUACAUCAUCCUUCAUCACGCAUUCCGAAUGGGCCUCGGACAACGCAUUUUCGGCCAGCGCCGGUGCGGGCAUCGGCCGGUCGAAGCGCGGUGGAGUGGAUAACACCUUCAAACGCCUGCCGUUCAACUUCUGCUCGCUCUCCCUCCAACCCUUCUCCCACCCGGUGUGCACCCCGACAGGCACCAUCUUCGACUUGACCAACAUCCUCCCCUGGAUCAAGAAGCACGGCACCAACCCCGUCGACGGCGCACCCCUCAAGGGCUCCGACCUCAUCAAGCUCACGCUCGCCAAGAACGAGUCCGGCGAGUACGUCGACCCUGUCACCUACAAGGUUUUCACCGACAACACUCACAUUGUCGCGCUGCGCAACACCGGGAACGUCUUCGCCUGGGACACCGUCGACCGGCUGAAUAUCAAGGGCAAGCUGUGGCGGGAUCUGGUCACUGAUGAGGAAUUCUCCCGCAAGGAUAUCAUCACCCUGCAGGACCCGCAGAAUAUCGAGUCGCGGAACCUGAGUUCCUUCAAUUACUUGAAGGAGGGGGAGACCGGGCUGACUGAUGAACAAAUCCGCGAACGGGAUGACCCGGCCAACAACGUCAAUGCGAGCGCGCUGGGCAGUUCGGCCAAGAUCCUGAAGGCCAGAGAGGCCGUGGCUAAGGCGCGUGCCGACAGAGCCCAGCGCUCCGCCACCCCGAAGGACCUGGCUAAAGCCGGGGGCGCGGGCCCUGCAUCUCUCCAGGUGAAGAAGACAGGGACGUCCCUGCAAUCCGGCAAACCCGUCCCUUACAACGCCGCCAAGUACACGACCGGUCUGGCUGCGGCGUCGUUCACCAGCACCGGCAUCACGCCCCAUACCUCCGCCGAGCUGGCGCUCCUCUCCGAUGAGGAUUACAUGCUGAAACGCGGCCGCGUAAAGCAGAAAGGCUACGCCCGUAUUUCCACCUCCGCCGGCGACGUCAACCUCGAACUGCACACCGAAUAUGCCCCCAGGGCCGUAUGGAACUUCAUCAAACUCGCCAAGAAGGGAUACUACAGGGACGUCGCGUUCCAUCGCAAUAUCCGUGGCUUCAUGAUCCAGGGUGGGGAUCCGUCUGGCACCGGCCGCGGCGGAGAGAGUAUCUGGGGGAAGUACUUCAAUGAUGAGUUCGAUGGGCCGUUGAAGCACGACUCCCGCGGCACGCUGAGUAUGGCGAACAAGGGCAAGAAUACGAAUAGUAGCCAAUUCUUCAUCGCGUACCGCGCCCUCCCCCAUCUCAACAACAAACACACCAUCUUCGGCCACGUCAUCGACGACCCAACCCCCUCCUCCACCACCCUCAACAACCUCGAAACGCACCCGACCAACCCGACCACCAACCGCCCCACCCCGGACGUGCGCAUCCUCGACGUCACGGUGUUCGUCGACCCGUUCGAGGAGUUCCUGCGGCAGAAGCAGGCGGACGACCUCAAGGCCAAGGGCCUGGUGGUCAACGCGGAGGAGGAGGACGAGAAGGCCCGCCGCGCCGAGGACGACCGGAUGACCUGGACGGGGAAGCGCGUGCGCGGCUCCGGGCCGCCCAAGGAUGAGGGCGGUUCUGGUGGGGUGGGCAAGUACCUGAAGGCGGCGCUGGCCGAGAGGGAUGCUGCCGGGGGUGAGGAGGAUGAGAUUGUUGAGUUUGUGGAUGAAGAGCCGGAACCCGAGCCGAUGAGGAAGAAGUCUAAGGGCGGAGGGUUUGGGGAUUUUAGUUCUUGGGAUUAGGUAGUCUAUACUAUGGGUGAUCUAUGGACCGAGUAGUGGUUGUAAAAAGAGAUGUUGUUUGGGUCUUCUAUUCUUGAACUUG